AUGAGAGAGCCAGCGCGACAAGAGGAGCAGCAAGCACAUGACGGCGAAGGCAAAAAAGCGAGCAUGACAAAGGGAGAGAGGGCCAGCGCAUCAAGGGGAGACCGAGAGAAAGCCGGCGCGUCAAGGGGAGACCGAGAGAGAGCCGGCGCGUCAAGGGGAGACCGAGAGAGAGCCGGCGCGUCAAGGGGAGACCCAGAGACGGCGAGUCAAGGGGAGACCGAGAUAGAGACGGCGCGUCAAGGGGAGACCGAGAGAGAGCUGGCGCGUCAAGGGGAGACCGAGAGAGAGCCGGCGCGUCAAGGGGAGACCGAGAAAGAGCCAGUGCAACAAGGGAAGAGCGAGCACAUCAAGGGAGAGCGUCAAGGGGAGAGGGAAACCAAGAGAGAGCGCAACAAGGGGAGAGCGAGAGAGCAAGCGCGACAAGGAGCGCGAGAGAGCCAGCGCGACAAGGGGAACGCAAGAGAGCCAGCGCGACAAGGGGAACGCAAGAGAGCCAGCGCGACAAGGGGAACGCAAGAGAGCCAGCGCGACAAGGGGAACGCAAGAGAGCCAGCGCGACAAGGGGAACGCAAGAGAGCCAGCGCGACAAGGGGAACGCAAGAGAGCCAGCGCGACAAGGGGAACGCAAGAGAGCCAGCACGACAAGGGGAACGCAAGAGAGCCAGCGCAACAAGGGGAGAGCAAGAGAGCCAGCGCAACAAGGGGAGUGCAAGAGAGCGAGACAAUAGUACAGCGAGAGAAAUAGAACAUGACAAGGGGAGAGUGAGAGAGCAAGCGCGACAAGGAGCGCGAGAGAGCCAGCAAGACAAGGGGAACGCAAGAGAGCCAGCGCGACAUGGGGAACGCAAGAGAGCCAGCGCGACACGGGGAACGCAAGAGAGCCAGCGCGACAAGGGGAACGCAAGAGAGCCAGCGCGACAAGGGGAGAGCAAGAGAGCCAGCGCGACAAGGGGAGAGCAAGAGAGCCAGCGCAACAAGGAGAGUGCAAGAGAGCGAGACAAUAGUACAGCGAGAGAAAUAGAACAUGACAAGGGGAGAGUGAGAGAGCAAGCGCGACAAGGAGCGCGAGAGAGCCAGCGAGACAAGGGGAACGCAAGAGAGCCAGCGCGACAAGGGGAACGCAAGAGAGCCAGCGCGACAAGGGGAACGCAAGAGAGCCAGCGCGACAAGGGGAACGCAAGAGAGCCAGCGCGACAAGGGGAACGCAAGAGAGCCAGCGCGACAAGGGGAACGCAAGAGAGCCAGCGCGACAAGGGGAACCCAAGAGAGCCAGCACGACAAGGGGAACGCAAGAGAGCCAGCGCGACAAGGGGAACGCAAGAGAGCCAGCGCAACAAGGGGAGAGCAAGAGAGCCAGCGCAACAAGGGGAGUGCAAGAGAGCCAGCGCAACAAGGGGAGUGCAAGAGAGCCAGCGCAACAAGGGGAGUGCAAGAGAGCCAGCGCAACAAGGGGAGAGCAAGAGAGCCAGCGCAACAGGGGAGAGCAAGAGAGCCAGCACGACGGGGAGAGAGCGAGACAAUAGUACAGCGAGAGAAAUAGAACGUGACAAGGGGAGAGCGAGAGAGCCAGAGCAACAAGUGGAGAGCGAGCGUGUCAGGGGGAGUGCGAGAGAGUGA